CAUCAACAAUCUAGCCGGCAACGGCAAUAAAUUUGCAUUCGACAAUAUUUUGAUAUAUAUAUUUUUACCCAGAAGUGCUUUUGUUUGUUUACAACUGCGAUCAUAUAACUGUGUACGAUCGGACAUUAGCCGUAAUUAACAGAAGUGAUAGCUUCUAGAGCACGCAACGGCACUGGCGAAGGGGGAGGGGCUAUAAACGUGGGAUUGAAAAGCGUCGAACUUUGACAAAAUGUCAGCCACGCUACGUUACCGCGGCGAUAAGAGUAAUUUGCUCGAGUUCGCCAAAAAUCUGGAUGCGUUCAAAAAGGUGCCGGAGAAGUACACAGAGACGACGGAGAUUGGCGGCACACUUUCUCUGCUGAGCCGCCUGCUGAUCGUUUAUCUGGUCUAUACGGAACUGCGUUAUUAUUGGCAUGAAACGGAUAUUAUUUACCAGUUUCAGCCAGAUAUGGCACUGGAUGAGCAAGUGCAGAUGCAUGUGGACAUCACUGUGGCAAUGCCAUGUGCCUCGCUGUCCGGCGUUGAUCUCAUGGAUGAGACGCAACAGGAUGUCUUUGCCUAUGGCACACUACAGCGCGAGGGUGUCUGGUGGCAAAUGUCGGAUGCGGAUCGUCGUCAAUUUCAAUCGAUGCAGAUAACCAAUCACUAUUUGCGUGAGGAAUACCAUUCCGUCGCUGAUAUACUCUUCAAGGAUAUUCUACGUGAACGCCAUGAUACGCAUACGCUGAAACCGGAGAGCGAAACGCAUACCGUUGCGGCUGCUCCACCGCCACCAGGUGCACUGCAGCAACAUCCGCAGCAGUUGCAUGAAUUGCCACAACCGGAGACCAAGUUCGAUGCAUGUCGCUUGCACGGCACGCUGGGCAUCAACAAGGUUGCCGGCGUAUUGCAUUUGGUGGGUGGUGCACAGCCAGUGGUUGGACUGUUUGAGGAUCAUUGGAUGAUUGAGUUUCGUCGCAUGCCCGCCAACUUUACACAUCGUAUUAACCGGCUCAGUUUUGGGCAAUACUCGCGUCGCAUCGUACAGCCGCUGGAGGGUGACGAGAGAAUCAUCAACGAGGAGGCCACCACAGUGCAAUACUUUAUCAAGGUGGUGCCCACAGAAAUCCAGCAUACGUUUAGCACAAUCAGCACAUUCCAAUACGCCGUUACGGAGAACGUGCGCAAGCUGGACUCGGAACGCAACUCAUAUGGAUCGCCGGGCAUCUAUUUUAAGUACGACUGGUCCGCAUUGAAGAUAGUUGUAAGCCACGAUCGCGAUUAUUUGGUGACCUUUAUCAUACGUCUUUGCUCCAUCAUAUCGGGCAUUAUUGUUAUUUCUGGCGCCGCUAAUGCGCUGCUUCUGACGGUUCAACGCUGCCUGCUGCGCACCUUUGCACCGCAGCUUUACCAGCGUCAGCUCUAUGCCUCUUCAAAUGUGUCUGCACCGACGGUUAGCGUUGCCGUCCCUGUUGCGGCGCCUAUAAUGCCGGCAGUGCCCGUUAAUGAGCUGCUACACACUGCCAAUCUGAUGGCCAAAGUGGAUAUAUCGGCGUAUUUGCCGACUGCACCGCCAAAGUCUGAUAAAUAGCGCUGGCUCUUGGCCACAGAUGGCUCACAAGUGGCCACCACCAAAUGGCUAUCAAGUACAAAGCGUAAUCUCAGUUAAAUCAAUGUCGAAUUCUUUAUACGAGUAUGUAUACAUACAUACAUAUACAUGUAUCUUUAUUUCUUUAGUUUCCUCCUGUCACUAUGUAUUCAUAAUUAUUAUUAAGCCAAAACAAAAUUAUAAAAAAUGAACACAAACCCCACUUGU